CUUAUUCAGACCACAUCAUCCUUCUCCUUCUCCUCCUCCUCCUCAACCACUCUCAGCAAGAGAAGACUCCGGCGAGCUCCAUCCAUCGACUUCAACAAAGCCACCCCAGCGACCACAGCCUCUACCAGCGAACACAUCCAACACUAGCGACCACAGCCUCCACCAGCGACUUCCACCCGAGAGCAAAGCCUCCACCAGCGUGCACAGUGCUCCACCAGCGACUUCAACAAAGAGACUGACCACAUCCUCCACCACCGACUGAGCAAUUGGAUAUCGUGAUGGUCUCAUGAUGGGGAAAGAAGCAUCUGCACAAGAGGGGUUUAAUAUUGGCUUCAGGGAAUCCAUGUCUGUUGGGUUCAACUGGGGUUUUGUCAAAGGCGUUACUAGAUUGCCUUCUGGAUGGAUUGAGUGAAAGGUUGGUUGGAAUGCAGGAAAAGAGAAACAAGUUCCUAUGCUUGUAUGAAUCCGUGCAUUCUCUUUCAACGACAAGUGCACUGAAAUUGUUCAAUGAUAAGCUGACAAACAAAUCAGUUGAACAUAAUCAUAAUGCGGAGUCCAGUUCCCACACAGCUGAUCUGCAUGAUCAGAGAGGGAUAGGAGAAUUGGAGAGGAGUGGGGUUCAAGCUGCCUUCAGCAGCCGUGGUAAUUUAUAUGAACUUGUAGAACUGGAGUCUAUUGUAGAGAAAUGUGAUUCACUCUAUCUUGAUUAA